UCACUCCUGUCUCCGGUUCGUCACGCGGAGCGGCGUGAGGGUCGUGCGCGAUGUUUAGCGUCGUGCACCAGGGUCGGAAGUACGCCCCCACGCACUGCUCGCUCACCGACGACUCUCCGUUAACGGUCCAGGCGGUCCACGUCGUCAGAUCUCCCGGUACGCUCACCGAGGCACCGGACGGGACGUGGCCGCCGCCGGGAGCCAAGAUGCGGCUGUCCAAAGGCGCCGUGGUGCUGAGAGCCGCCCGGAGACACCCGUCUCCUCAGCCCGCCAGCCUGGAGAGUCUGGAGGCGGAGUGGAGCGAGAGAGGACGGGAAGAGAAGCACCGGAGCCCCGAGAGGAGGACCGAUGCUGGGGAGGAAGGAGGAGGAGGAGGAGGACCACCCCGGAGCAGGAGGAAGACCUUCAGACCCCCUGAUGUCAGGACCAUCUUCUCCCCCGGAGAGAAGGACCCCAGGGUGCAGGAGGAGUCCGGGGAGGGCCACAGCUUCCAGGCCGGAGGAGAGGACAGCUGGUGUGACGUGUGCUGCCUCUACAUCUUCCAGCAGGGACUCACCUGUGCAGGUUGUAAAUACACGUGUCACGCUGCGUGCCGGGACAGAGUGUCGCUGGACUGCCACCCUGCAGCGUCACCCAUCAGUCAGGACCAGCUCAACAACAACACAGCGCUCCAUGAUGUGGAGAAGGAGAGGGAGUUGCGGACGAAGUUCAGCAGGGAGGAGAUCGGGCAGAAGAUCGAGCUGUACAACUCGAUGACCACAGACCACCUUAAGAUGACGCUGGGUCAUACUGGGGUGUACACCGGGUUCAUCAAGGUCCAGAUGGAUCUGAGGAGGCCGGUGACGGUGAGGGGAGGUCAGAGAGGAGCCGGGGGAGGCAUGGUGGGGGAGGCCUUCUAUCUGCCCCGAGGAGUCACCAACACCCUCCACAUCAGCUCCAAUAACACCGUCAGACAGGUGAUCGUCGCCCUGCUGAACAAGUUCACGGUCGCCGACAACCCGGCUAAAUACGCCCUGUACAAGCGCUACCACACCGAGGAGCAGGUGUACGUCUGUAAGCUGGCGGAUGGAGAGCAGCCGUUGUUUCUCCGUCUGAUAGCAGGACCAGACACCGACACGCUGAGCUUCGUACUGAGGGAGCAGCAGACUGGAGAAGUCAUGUGGGACGCCUUCUCCAUCCCCGAGCUGCGGAACUUCUUGCGGAUCCUCGACAAGGAGGAGGAAGAGCAGAAGGAGGCGGUGAUUCGACGCUACGACGUCUACCGGCAGAGACUGCAGGAGGCUCUGAUGGAGCUCCGAGGACCUUCUUAGAGGAUCUAACCUCCAGAAACAGGACUACUGAAACCUUCAGAGGAGGAAAAGCUGUGUACAUUUAGAUGGAGGGAGGGAUGUGAAGGCAGAACGAGGAGCGAAGAUCCAGAACCUGGAACAGACGGAUCAUAACGGAUGAGAGACAGCAAGAGAAGGACAAUAAAAGGAUGAUAGUUUGCUUUGACGCUGCUGGAUUCACGACUUCAGCCAAAGAUUCAGCCGACUGUGCCAAACCCACGGAGGUCCAUCUCUCUUCUUCUUCUUCACAUAAUUUAUGCUGAUUCCUCUUCGUUUCCCCACUUUCUAUCCUUUAAACUCGGGAAAGACUCGAGGCCACCGUAUGUCGAGUUAUUUUUUAUUUAAUUUGUUUCUUUUAAGAGUCUGUACAUAUUUUUUUUCUUAAUUUAUAUGGGUGACGCUUUUGUGUAUUUUUUUAAAACAAAGUCUUAUUUUAGUUUAUUCUACGGAGGCGGAGCAACGGUCUGAUUGUUGACACAGACGCAGAGAAUAGUUUAUCUGACUGAUACUACAUGUAAAUACACAAGCAGAGCAGUAGAUAUGAAGUUUAUUAACUCACAAGCAGGAAGUGUUGAUCAUUGAUGUCCUGAAAAUCAAGAUAUGUUUCAAAGGUCAGGGAAGAAGUAGCAUCCAUGUUGUAUGGAGUCUCAAGUGUGCCAAAUGAAGCUUAGAUUUCUUUCGUAAUGAACUCCAAUCAAAGCAUAAAUACUCAUUUUAGCUUUCUUGCUUUUUUUGAAAAAUAGCAUUUUCUGUCAAAUGAAUACAGAAAUUUUCCAUUUUAGAAUAUACCUGUUCUCUCGUAUUCCACCUCCUAAUUCUUUUAUCCUCUUCAGUUUUAUUGGAAGAACAAGCACAUUAGUGCGUUUUAACCAUUUUAAUUCAUUAUUUAGCGAUUUGAUUGCAAAUAGAAAAGUAAAUAGACUAAUUCUAAUGAGGAUAGUCUUUUUUAAGGGUCUUUUUCUUCCAUCUUGUGUAUAUCACCUUUUAUUUUUCCCCUCGUUAUCUUUGUUGGCAGAUUUCAGACUCCAUAAAAGCUGGGCUGAAACUGAAAGUUGUAGUUGAAGGUGCAUAGAAAUAAACUCAGACAGACUUGUAGAUACUUGGACUGUGAGUACUGACACCUAAUCAAAGAGGUUUUUGGUAGAAAGAUUAAAAGAAUAGAGUCUGAAAUAGAAGAUUGAAAGACGGAAGUAGAUUAGUUUUGGUCGGGUGGAUUGGUGCGGCGGCGGUAAUGCGAACGAUGUACCGAACCUUCAUGGUGAAAAGAGAGCUGAGCCAGAAGGCAAAGCUUUCAAUUAUACCAGUCCAUCUACUUUCAGACCCUCAUCUAAGGUCAUGAGCUGUGGGUAAUCACUGAAAGAACGAGGUCGUGGAUACAAGCACCUGAAAUGAGCUUCCUCCUGGGCUCAGCUUUAGAAAUAGGAUACGUGUUCACUAGAUCUGGCAACCCGUGGUAGACCCAGAACUCGCUGGAGGAAUUAUGUAUCUCAUCUGGCCUGGAAACGCCUCGGGAUCUCCCAGGAAGUAGCUGUGAAGCGUUGCUGGGGCGAGGGAUGUCGAGAAUGACCUGAUUCAUCUGCUGCCUCCAUGACCCGACCCAGAUAAGCAGAAGACAAUAGAUGGAUGGAUGGAUAGUUUUGGUUGAAGUCUGUAGAAAGUGUUGAUUGAUUGCUUUGCGAAGUAAAACUGUAGACGAGACGCCUGAUCUUUGACCCAGUGAGGUCAAAGAAGGGAGGACUGAGAUCAGACUGGUUUAUGGAAGUCGGCUGAAUGGUUUAGAGGAAGUAGAAACAUUAGAAGUAGAAAGGAAGAAAGUUGAGGACAGGAUCUGUUUUUAUUUUUAUAUGAGGAGCAAAUGCACGAGAAGGAUUGUCGUAGAAGCAACGUGACGGUCUUCCUCCAACCACGACUCACUUCGAUUCACUGCUUGUUCACUUUUUUGCUCCUGUAAUCAACAGCCGAGCGAAAAGGAGGUCUGUUAGGGCUGAUAGCUGCAGAGAACAGUCUGUCAGCAGCCAUUCCUUUGAUGUUUUUGUGCUCUUAUCUCAAGUUGAAAUGUGCAGCCUUGACCUCCUUGUCAGCCCGGGUUUGUCGUCGUUUUUUAUGGACGAAAUGGGGCCAGAUGUUCUAGAGGGAAAGGGCGGUAGUAGAGAGGUUUGGGGAGAGUCGUAGAAGACUUUUAGCGGCUUGGAUAUAUAUGCAAUCUAUUCUUUGGUGUAUGUAAGUGAUCAUUUUAAGACCAAAGAGGCUUGUUUCUGUACUUUUUGUAUCGUCAUGUAUUCAUUUAUUUGAGGAGGAAAAGUAAAAACAAGCGAUAGAAAGACAAUCAUUUGGACAGAGUCUUCACAGUUUAUGGAAAUUAAAGCGGUUGGAGCUGCAGGUGCUGAAUGACGCCACACUGACGGCGCUGCAGUUGUACAACGUCGCCAUCUAGAGGUCAAAUACCGCAACUGUUCUCUCAUUUCUGUGUCAAACAUGCUUUGUGUUUUUGUCGUUAUAACCAAAGAUAUUCUUGUGCUGUUGCCUGGUGCAAAACAUAUUAGAGGCCUCUUCUUCCCACUGGAGGGAAAAAAACAUAGAGUAUGUAGUUUAGAGUUUUAUUUAAAGAGGUUUUAACCCUCGUUUAUUCUAUCAAACACUGGGCUAAUUCUAUGGAGGCAACAAAAGGCCUUUAGAUUUUAAUUUUAGUCAAUUUAAUGCAAACUCUCUGACCUUAAACCCAAGAAUAGAGAGUCUACUGGACGAUAUUAUCAAGCUGCAUUAUGGGAAAUGUAGUAUUGUAGUAGUGCUUAACCAUACUGGGUAGCUAAAAGUCACUACAUCUCAGCCUUCUCAGCUUCUUUUGCUUUUUGUUUUUGUUCAAAUACAUCUGCUUUAACUGUAAGGAAGCACAAAAGUUAAAUAUUUUACGUACGGAAUGAUGAAAUUGAAUCACCACGGAGUGUUUAUACUUGAAUUCUUCAUUUAAGUUUGAUUUCCAGCAGUUGUUUAAGCUUUACAAGUUCAGGAAAUUCAAGCCGCAUUAAUUAAAUAUUGUUUCCAUAUUGGAAUAGAAAUUCUAUUUUUUUUUUUGGCCCUUUGUUGCCUCCAUACCUUAUAGGUAAAAAUGGUGCAAAAGUCUGCAUGUUAACAGUUAACGAACCUUAAAGCCAUGUUGUUGUUGUUGGUUUUGUAUCUUUGACACAACUUUAGCUGUUAGAACACCAGACCAGUCGUAUCCAUUUUUUCUUUUUUUUCUUUUUUUUUGGGCACUUUAACUGAAUUCAGGGAAGACGGGUUUUUUUAAUUUUGUUUUUUUCCUCUUUAAUCUGCACCGCCAUCACACGUCGUACUUUAACAUCUAAUACACUAUAAUCUGUCUUUGUUAAGCUCCACUCAUAACUACAUUUGUUGGAAGUAAAGUGUGAAAGAAGUUUUUUUUUAGUCUCUGCAGGCUUCCGUAUAAAUCACUAAAAGUUAUCUGUGAAAUGUUUCUGCUCUUGCAUGUUUGUUUGUCCACAUUCAUGCUUCCUGUACUCACUUCUGGGCUGUUCAGCAUUAAAAACACGCAUUAUUGUACAUGAAACGGCAAUCGAAUGGCUUUAGGAAAGGAGUUUUCAUGUCAUGUUGAUGAAUUUGUGAGCAUUUGGGGCCGAUUUAACGCCUACUAUCUCAUUUUAAGGCUGUUCAACUGUAACUAGAGCGCUACGACGUGCAAACUGUCGGCUCUGAGGUUCAUUUUUAAUCCCCAAAAUGUCAAAAUUUAAGCAAAUGUCAAGAAAAAGUCCAGUUAAAGCUUCUAAAAUGUGAAUAUUUCUGUUGGAACAAAAACACAUUAUUAUUGGGUUUCUUUGAUUUGUGAACUGAAACUGAACAUUUGAAUUUGACAUUUCAUGAAUUGCAUGGUGUAAAAGGACAUUGGGAGUUUCAUAUUUACCGUAUACGAUAAGAGCAUGUGUUUGUUUUGAUGUUGUUUUUUUAAAUCAGAUUUCAAAACAUCUCCUGGAAACUUUCUGUAGUCGCUGCUCUAAAUCGUUCAGUCAAAUCAACUGUUAAAAAUGUCUCAGAAUGUCCUUUUUUCAGUUUUUCAGCUCAUUUAAUGUGACUGAAAACUCCAGAACGGCGACUAAACAGAGAUUGUUUCUCCUAAAUGAGUCCGUGAGCUUCGAUUUCAGGCUCCUGAGUUCAGUUUUGUACGUUUGGAGUCUCUAGUGUGAACAUCCACCAACUUAAAUGCCAAAGAUCUCCAUGUGUUUUCCAAUGAUGCUGUUCUUGUAGAGACGCUUUCCAACAACUUUUAGAGCACAGAUGGUUCCAAACUCAAUCUGAUGUUUGAGUUUGGAACCAUCUGUGCUCUAAAAGGUGUUGGAAAAAGGUUGAAAAGACUCCCUGGAGGUUUUCUUAUUGACUGAUCUGUCAAUAGAAGCCAGAAGUUUGGAAAUAUUUUGCUCAAUUCUGAUUUUUAAACUCGAUCUCUGACUGCAACGGAGCUUUUCUAAGUGACACUGCAGAUGGAACCCAAACCCAGAGCGAAGACGUUCUCUCUGUAGGGGAACAGGUUUAUUUUUGUAGCCAUCUCCUGAUUUCUCUUUGAAUCGUUACCAAACGUGGCCUUUUCCUCACACCAGGAGGGCCGCAUCUAUUAAAAAUGAAAUUAAAAACAAA